UGGAGUGUGGUGUCAAAAUUGUAUCCCUGUCUCCUACUGGUUAUGUAUGUAUGUACAUCCAAACCGGCACCUCUGGUAAAACACUAGAUCAGCUACUUUAACUUCCGGGAUAUAUACAAUACAAGGCCUUCCACCGCCCUCCUAUCGGCAUAUCUGACCACGACUCUAUUUUUACUCCUCCCUUCCUAUAGCCAGACACUCAAACAAUAUUUUUUCUCCCCAAUCUAAGGAUUAUUCAAUGCUUGGUCUGACCAAACGGAAUCCACGCUUCAUGAUUGUUUUGAUCAUGUGGACUGGGACAUGUUUCCGGGUACCUUCUGAGAAUAACAUCGACCUAUACGCUGAUUACGUGAGUGAGUUUAUAAAAGGAAGUGUAUUGAGAUGUCUGCACAACGCAUCACCGGGGGCAAACUACCUGCCCUCCAGGACACCUACACCACUUGAUGUCACAGGAAGGCCAAAAAGAUCAUCAAGGACAACAACCAGCCGAGCCACUGCCUGUUCACCCCGCUAACAUCCAGAAGGCGAGGUCAGUACAGGUGCAUCAAAGCUGGGACCGAGAGACUGAUAAACAGCUUCCAUCUCCAGACCAUCAGACUGUUAAACAGCCUUCGCUAACACUGAGUGGCUGCUGCCAACAUACUGACUUGAAAUCAAUGGCCACUUUAAUACAAAUGGAUCACUAGUCACGAACUUCUUGCUACACCGGGAUCAAAUUCGACAAAACAUCCGUGAAAAGGCAGAUGCUCUACAUAAAUAGUCAUAUUAAACAUUCAUGAAAUUACAACAAAUACAACAUGGUUCAAAAGCCUAGAAUCUUGGUUGUCAGAUUUACUGUGUAAGGCUUUACUGUGAUGCGAUUAUCUGAGGACAGAGCCCCAUAACAAAAUACUAUUUCAACCAGCACACGCAUGUAACAAAAUCACAAAAUGCACUAAAAUAAAUAAUUUACCUUUGAAGAUCUUUCCUCUGUUUGUAAUCCCAAGGCUCACUGUUACACAAUGAAUGGUAUUUUGUUUGAUAAAAUCAAUUUUUAUAGCCUAACACGAAACAUUUUGUGAACCAACUUUGGAAGAAACAUUGGAUGUAAAUACACACACUGAACGUGCGUUUAAGCAGUCAUGUUUGGUUUCAUUGCAAUCACCUGGUUGUUUGUAACACAACUAAAAUAAUGGGUUUUUUUGCGGGACUUAUUGACGGAAAGAAACCGAUUUGAAGUCAACAAGUCAUGACCUCCUUGUGCACCAAUUAUAUGACCGCUGUUUCGUUGAUUGACUGUAUUGUAACCCAAUGACCACUGAUCAUCCUGAAAAUCUUGCUUGGUAGAUAGCCAAUGAGCUGAGGUAAACGGCAAUAUGUAACGUUUGUUUGUUGGAAGACCAGCCCAUGUAGUAAACACUGACGUAAAGAGGGUCAUUCCUCUUGAAGAUUUAUACUGGAAGGAGCAACAUAUGUUACACACAGCAGUAUUUUCGGUAAAGCGCAUCUUCAGUUAUUUUUAUAUCAAACAUUAUGGCGACUAAGUCAGGGAAAGCAAAAUCCAAGUCUAGACAUACAGAUGUACCCAAAAUGAUAGAAGAAAUUGAUAGGGAAAGUGAGACAGAGUUGCUCCUGGACGAAGAUUCAGUUAGCGAGCGUAGUAGCUGUGACUCCCAGAUGGAAGAUUAUUUUCUGCACGGAGAAGACAUCGUUUUGGACUGUGCCACUGACUCCGAUUGGGAGCCCCCAAUGUCAAGGUGUCCAUCCCCCACUGAAGCUGGUUCAUCCAGCCGGACCCCUGCUGUCUCUGGCUCCACACCUCCCGGGCCAUCUAGAGGUGUGAAGGCACUGACAAAGAAGCGGAGGAGGGGAAGUGUGCAACCUGCAAACAAAGGGACAGACGAGCGUUGGCACACUGUCCUAGAAGUUGACGUGGAGCCACCUCAACCAAAAUUUAGGCCGAAAAGGAAGCCAGGACCCCAGCCGAACAUGACUGCAACGUACAGCCCCCUUCAGCUUUUUCAGCUGUUUUUCACCCAAUCAGUUGUUGAUUCGCUCGUGUCUAACACGAAUAAGUAUGGGGUGAAGAAGCAAGCAGGCAAAAAAGUAGCGUGGAAGCCCAUUUGCAUGUCAGACUUUUUCUGCUACCUUUCACUGGUCAUCUACAUGGGGCUGGUGAAGCUGAAAACCCUCAGGGACUACUGGAGAACAUCACCUCUCUACCAACUACCUUUCCCCAUGACUGUCAUGUCAUGCAAGAGGUUUCUGGUUCUCUCACAAGCGCUUCAUAUCAGUGACCCAAAAGAUGAUGAAGAGAAUGACAAGAAGAAAGGCACAGCAACAUUUGAUAGACUCUGCAAAAUCAAACCUCUCUACCCCAACAUUGUUGAGGCCUGCAAGACCUAUUUUCAGCCUGCCCAGAACCUGUCCAUAGAUGAGAGGAUGGUAGCCUCAAAGGCUAGAAUUGGCCUCAAACAAUACAUGAGAAACAAACCGACUAAAUUACAUGCUGUUUGUUUUGGCUGAUUCUGCGUGUGCCUACACUUGCAAUUCUUUUUGUCUAUGAGGGGAAGAACAGUUUUGCUUCCGGUAAUGGACUCAGCUAUGACUCUGUAAUGGAGUUAUUGGAUUUUCAGCUGCUGGGGAAGGGCUACAAACUGUAUGUGGAUAACUUCUACACAAGCCCUACCCUGUUUACAGAGCUGAGCGAGCUGGAUGUGUGGGCUUGUGGCACCAUUCGGCCCAACAGAGUGGGCUUUCCAAAGACAAAGGAGAACGACAUGCCUAAGCGGGCUGAGCGGGGUACCAUGCGUUGGAUCCGUGAAGAUGGCCUUCUCUUUGUAAAGUGGAUGGAUACCAGAGAGGUGGUGAUGUGCACAACAAUCCACAAAUCCUUCAGUGGCGAUCACGUCGUCAGACGGGUGAAGAGCGCUAAUGGGGCAUGGACCACAAAAGAUGUCCCCAUUCCAGCUGCUGUGAAGGACUACAACAAGAGCAUGGGCGGUGUGGACCUGUCAGAUGCGCUGAUAGGCUAUUACAACGUUCUGCACAAGACGAUGAAAUGGUACAAGACGUUCUUCUACCAUUUCAUCGACGUUGCUGUGGUGAAUGCAUUCAUCCUACACAAGGAAAUUGCUAAGAGCUGUGGAAAGCCCCACAUCUCGCAGCUAGCCUUCAGAGAGCUGCUCAUCGCACCACUGCACCUGUUGUACCUGUCCCUUCUGCUCCUGCAACAAGUGUUCAUCUGCCCAAAUUUAUUUCUGCAGGCAUGGAUGUGCCUCGGGGCCAAAAGGGCACAGCAUGGAGGCGUCGUUGUGUUCUUUGCAAAAUGAAGUCCCCCAUCACCUGCACCACAUGCUUGGUGACCCUUUGCUUUACAGCAGAAAGAGACUGCUAUGGUACAUGGCAUCAGCAGCACAGGGUCUCCUCCAAAUAUUCAAAGUGUGUAAAUAGUUACCCUUGUUAUUUUCUACAUUUAUAUAUAUUUUUUCUUCAUUUUUUUUCUCAAUAUUUUUUUGGGUGGUGUGUUAGAAUACCAUUUAGGUAUUUUGUAUAUAGUAAUUUGCUUCAAAAUGUAUAACUUCACCAAUUCGGCCACUUGGGUACAUUUGGGCAACUUGUGUGGGACACCUGGGUGACUUCAUGCAAAAUUUCAUGUAGCACACUCAUUCCGGAAGUUAUCGUUCUGAAACUUUGCACAAGUGCUGUUGCCCUCUUAUGUUUUUCACUGGAAAUUGUCCCCAUCAUCGUAUCUGAAUGUUUGUUUUGUCUUGUUCAUUUUAAAGAUGAUGCAACAACAAUAAAAAGAAAGAACGUAUGGUUUUUUCCUUGUAUUAUCUAAA